AUGAAGGAUUAUGGUUUCAAACAAUCUCAAGCCAACCAUACUCUAUUUAUUAAGCGUGGUGGUGACAAGAUUACUAUGUUAAUUAUGUGUGUGGAUGACAUGGUGGCUAUAGGAAAUGAUGCAAGUGAGAUUGAGGAACUCCAGAGUUACUUGGCUAAGGAGUUCGAGAUGAAGGAUUUGUGA